CGUCUUAAGGCCAAGAAAAACGAUGAUAAGCAUGAUGAUUUGUCUCUGUAUCUGGAAGUUGCUGAUUCUAAAACUUUACCUUUGGGAUGGAGAAGACACGCAAAAGUAUCGAUUACUAUAGUAAAUCAAAUUGUGGAUAUAUUCACCGAAAUGCGAGAUUAUGUCUAUUGGUUGGAGAAGAAACUCCAAGAGGUUGGUGAGACUCGGAUGCAAGAAAUUGAGGAAGAGUUGAAAGACUUGAAGAAUACGUGCUCAGACAUGAAUGCUCUCUUGAGUUCUUAA